AAUGCGCUAAAAAUAGAGGCCAUUUACAUGUGAUUUUCAUAGGCUAAAAUGACAUCUGGCUGAGAUGGAGAAGAGAUACGGAAGGUCGACCCUGGGUGCCAUGGCGGCGCGAAACACAAAGACGGCCAACAUCGCCAAAAGGGCUAUUGCAAACUUCAAGACGGGUGUAAUAAAUUUAACGAAGCAGAUUCCUGAAGAAGGGAAGAUUUCAAACAUUCAGCACCAAAAACAGUUAAAGGAGGUUGAAAAACUGCAAAAUGAAGCCUCGAAUAUACUCGGUUCGCUCUACGAUUACUCGGAGGAGAUAAAGGAAAAGAACGAAUCGUUUAUUCUGUACGAUAAUUUACUUGACGAGUUCAAGGAAUAUAUGGGAAAGCUUGACGAUUUACAUAACAAGCUGGUAAAUGGGCAGAAAUCGCCCGUACACACCGUUAGCGAGGUGAAGCAUGACAUACAUGUUAUCGAGGCUGAUGGAUUUCAGCUCUUGGAGGAAGAAAUAGUCCAAAACACAGUAGAAUACCCUCUAGAGUCCAGCAUACUGGACGAAAGAUCGGAACAGAUACAGGCGUUGCGAUCGAGCGUUUACGAGAUUCAAGAUUUGUACAUUGAGAUUGGUGAUAUGGUAGAAUAUCAGGGAGACCAGAUAGGUGAGUGAAGGAGCUGGCUAUACACCAACUGCAGACGACAUUGAGAACAACAUGUUCAAUGCGUACACGGAUUCCGUCCAAACAAACGUUAUUUUAAGAGACAUUGAUGGGAGAGGAUCCAUUCCAUGGUCAACAUAUGCCAUUUUGGUUAUUUUAUU